AUGAAAAGUCUUUGUCUUUAAUUAAAUUAGGUGUAGUAAGUAUUAAUUUUUCAUUGGCUUGAAUAUUUGAAAAUUCUAAAUUUGGUGUAACUUAGUUAUGAGAAUAUUAUUAGUAUUAAGAUGAAUAUUAUUGCUAAUAAUAAUUUUAUCCUUCUGUUGGUAUUAAUACAGGAAUAUAUUUCACAUUUUAAUUACUAUUAUUAAACUAUUAUUAUGAUGAAGCCUAUUGAUUUGUAUUAUCUAAAGUUGGAUAAUUUAUUUGUGACAUUUAUUAUAAGAUUUAAUAUCAAGAAUUAUUGA